AUGGGCUCCAUCAGUGCAGCAAAUGCAGAAUUUUCUUUUGAUGUAUUCAAAGAGCUGAAAGUCCAUCAUGCCAAUGGCAACAUCCUCUAUUCCCCACUGAACAUCAUUGCAACCUUGGCCAUGGUUUAUCUGGGAGCAAGAGGUAACACUGAGCAGCAGAUGGAGACGGUUCUUCGCUUUGACAAAAUUGCAGGACUUGGAGGAACCAUUCAGACCAAGUGUGGCAAGUCUGUGAAUAUCCACUUACUGUUUAAAGAACUUUUCUCUGAUAUCACUGCACCAGAAGUCAAUUAUUCACUGCAUGUUGCCAACAGACUCUAUGCUGAAAAGACAUGUCCAAUCCAGCCGAUCUAUUUAAAAUGUGUAAAGAAGCUCUACAGAGGAGGUUUGGAAACAGUCAACUUCAAAACAGCAUCAGAUCAAACCAGACAGCUCAUUAAUUCCUGGGUGGAAAAUCAGACAAAUGGACAGAUCCAAGGUUUCCUUGAACCAGGCUCUAUUGGUCCUGAUACUGCCCUUGUCUUUGUGAAUGCCAUUUACUUCAAAGGGAUAUGGAAGACAGCAUUUAAAGAAGAAGACACUUGGGCGGCACCCUUCAGGGUGACAGAGGAAGAAAGCAGACCUGUACAAAUGAUGCAUCAGAAUGGCACCUUCAAAGUUGCAAGAGUUGCUGCAGACAAACUGAAGGUCCUGGAGCUUCCAUAUGCCAGUGGAGAGCUGAGCAUGUUUGUGAUACUGCCUGAUGAUAUCUCUGGGCUGGAGCAGCUUGAGAACAAAAUCAGCUUUGAAAAAAUUACAGAGUGGACCAGUCCCAAUGUGAUGCAGAAGAGGAAGGUGAAAGUGUACCUCCCACGCAUGAAGAUUGAGGAAAAAUAUAACCUCACAUCUGUCUUAAUGGCCUUGGGUAUGACUGACCUGUUCAGCCCUUCGGCCAAUCUGUCUGGCAUAUCUUCAGCAAAGAGCCUGAAAAUAUCUGAGGCCACCCAUGAGGCAUGUAUGGAAGUCAAUGAAGAGGGUACUGAAGUAGUUGUCUCAGCGAGUGUGGCAGAAGACAUCAAAGAUUUCUCUGAGUCUGUAGAGUUUAAGGCUGACCAUCCUUUCCUUUUCUUGGUCAAACACAAUCCAACCAACAGCAUCCUGUUAUCUGGUAGAUAUUUGUCACCCUAA